UGAAACAUUGUUAUUUCAUUCGUCGCAUUCGGGCACACUAAUUUUAAAUGUAAACAAUUGAUUUUUCCUACAAAACAAAGAUUCAAUUAAAAGAUGAAUGCUUCUAAAAAGAUUGCCGAGGCGGAGGAACUAGUGCGCCAGGCCGAGAAGAGUUUAAAGACGUCUCUGUUGAAAUGGGUACCUGAUUACGAUAGUGCUGCGGAUGAAUACUCCAAAGCUGCAACUGCAUAUCGAAUAGCCAAGAGCUUUGACAAGAGCAAGGACUGCCUGUUGAAGGCCAUUGAGAGCUAUAAGAACAACAAGUCCUGGUUCCAUGCUGCCAAAUGUUAUGAGCAGAUCAUUUUACUGGCCAAAGAUGCUGACAAGCUAGCCGAGGUCGAGGAGUACGCCAACAAGGCCUGCAGUCUUUAUCAGCAGCAUGGUUCUCCGGAGGCAGCAGCCACUGCUCUGGACAAAGCUGCCAAACUAACCGAAAAUAAGCACCCUGACAUGGCACUGCGAUUCUAUCAACAUGCUCUAGAAGUUAUUAUGAUUGAGGAUUCCGUCCGUCAAGCAACUGAAUAUGCAUCGAAAGUCUCAAGAAUAUUGGUGAAACUGCAAAGAUACGAUGAAGCCACAAAUGCCCUCAAGAAGGAGAUUGGGUUAAAUCAACAAACCGAAUCCUACGGGCAGAUUGGUCGUUUGGUCGUCGCUCUGGUAAUGGUCCAACUGGCACGUGGUGACUCUGUGGAGGCAGAAAAAACUUUCAGAGAAUGGGGCAGCUGUUGUGAGCCCGAAGAGGUCUCAACACUACAAGCUCUUUUGCAAGCCUUCGAUGACGAAGAUCCUGAGUUAGCUGCAAGGAUGUUGGCAUCUCCAUUCAUAAGGCACAUGGACGUAGAAUAUGCAAUUCUAUCCAAGAACAUUCCAUUACCGAAAGGUCUGCAGGUAGAGAAGAAACCGGGAGAUAAUGCUGGAAAUGUUACGCAUGAUGCGGAGGAAGAGGAUGAAGGAGGAUUGUGCUAAUUCAAUGCAAGUUUUAUGGUCUCCACACUAGAAAAAUAUAUUUAUCGUUAAUUCUCAACAAAAAAAUAACGCUUUUAAUAUAUAAAUUGUUAAAUAAAAAUUCAAUCGCAGAUGUUGUACUUAUUCUAAGAAAUAAAAGACAAUUAUUAACAUAA